UGACAACCCAAAUAAAAUCAAUCAUGGACCUCUCAUAUAAUGUCGUUGCUGCCAACUGUGCCGAGCAGAUGGCCAAGUACCAAGAAUGUGUAUUGAACAAUCAGGCUGGUGACUGGAACUCAAUAUGUCGUCCCCAGGGUCAAGCUCUUGCCGCUUGCGCCGAUAAUGCGUACGAUCCUUGUAUUGAAACCGGUCUAGCUCGCAUCGCUGACAACCUCCCCUCCAGCGUCCCCCACCUGGCCGAACUGAAAGCGUCUUGCUCCGAACAGAUCAUGGCAUACCGACAGUGUCUUGACCGCCACGGUGCCCAAUCGGACGAGGUCAUUGGCGAAAAGUGUGGUGGGCUGAUGAAGAGUCUUUGGGAGUGUACGGAGAAGACUGUGGCGGGGAUCGAGGCGAGGGAAGGUGGACCAAAGCUGGUGUAGAGAAGACGACAAGGGAGAGGGGGUGAGGAGAAGUCAACGGGAAGGAGAGCAUAGUAUAAUCACAGCAUCGCAGUCAUGUAGCCCAUCAUCCAGAGCCUUGUUGCAGAUUAUUAGAUCG